UCGGCGAACGCGGAGAUGAUUAGUCUCUCCCCUGAUUUUUACUUCUUUUGUUUAAAUCUUCGAUUACCACAAUGAAUUUCAGGUUACUCUUGAUAUUUAUGGUAAUGAUGUGCGCCGCGCACCAAGGGCCUGCUGUAUAUCGGGACCUUACGUGUGUGGAGCCCAAGCCAGGAUAUGCCAAAAGAUUGUUUUAUUAUUUCACCGCAAGUGAAAUUGAGAAAGUCUGUCCAACGGUUACCGAGCUGACAUGGCGAAUUGGAAAUGAGGUAUUCUAUAAUUUGCUGUGUGUGCUUCUUACCCUGCUGUUGGGCUAUGCGCCGUCGGUCGGAAAAAUCGUCAAACAGAAAUGGUCAGCCGCCGUGUCAAUGUUACAAGAAUGGAGAGCUCGUCCUUCCCUCUGCCGUCACUGCGGUACUGCCCCGUGUCAGGUUAAAAGGAUAUCCUUGCUGAAGCCCUCCGGUACUCGUAAGAAAGACAAGGCGAAUUUCGCAAAAAGGUCAAACGCCAUUAUGUUGUUUUACUAUGGACUAGAGUUGGCCGUGGUACUGACCAAAGAGCUGCCAUGGAAUGACCUGUACUUGGAGAGGAAACUCGUCCAGCAUUUUGAGGAGGAGCAUAUGGUGUUGUUCCCACUGUGCAUCCAGCGUCAUAUCAACUACUGGUACCCUGUCCCUCGCUAGAUUCGUUUCGCCGUUCAAAGAGAAGAAUGUAGAUUGCGGUCGGUGAUGGAAUAGAAGUUUGAGAUUGACGUCUGAGACUCGAGUUUAUUGUUGUUGUUGUUUUGGAUCACGAACCGAUCCGAUUGGAAUGGUGUUCGGCUAAUGUUAUAUUGUACCUUUUAUUUGUUAUAUUGAAUUGUAACUCUAUGGAUCUUGACCACUAGUGGUGUAACGGAACCGAUACCUGAUGAAUUGGCCCUUUAUAACUUAGCUAGUUUUGGCCAGCAGUGGUCCAAUUUACAAGUUUCGAUGGUGUUUGUUUGAUUGGUCAAUUGCUAUUGGCCAUUAGGUGAUUUGAGUAGUUGUGGAGCUGGAAAGUUGACUUAUUAGCAUAUUGGUCAGUUCGAAAUCGGUCCGCCUUAUGUAGAUGUUCCCGGUAUUUAUUAUAUUGGCAAGUUAGAACGUUGUCGAUCUCAACUGUUUAGUAAUGUUUUGAGAAAAUUUGUCAAAUACUCAACAACGUAAAGGCCAGCUCAAACCACUAGUGGUUCCAGGCUGAUGGCGGCCAUAAUGUCGAAAGGUUCUACCUCUGGCACAUAUUGAAAGCCAUCGGUCCCUCGUACGUUUAUGCCAUGCUUAGUAUUUUGGCAUAUCAAAAUGGAUUGAAUCUGCAAUGAUCGCUAAUGGCAUGGUCUGAUUGUGUUGUCGUGGUCAGCUAUACACUCGGUCAAACUGACCCACAGGUUCUGUAAAAUUACCAACAUGCAUAAUUCUGUUCAUUUUGUACUGGUCAGUUUUGCUUUUGCGAAUUUGUGUAGUAACAAUCAUGUGAUCAAUACAAUUC